AUUCUCAGUGAAACGACUUUGAUCAAAGUUUAAUUAAUCUUACUCGCUAGUCAAAGUUUAAUUAAACUUGAUCGCCGAAGUCGUCCUGAGGAUUAUAUAUCGAAGGAGCAUGUUUCGCAGUGUCGUUGACGGUAAAAAAAAAGUUGUACAACUCGCUAAAAGAUUUCGUGAAGCGGAAUUGGACUUAGGUGGCGUCUCGCGUUCGCCGUCCGUCGCUCUCGCCAGCGGUCGUUCUCCACGUUCUCCUCGAUUUCCAUUCCACACCGAUCUCCGGCGCCUAGGAAGUUUCUUCGUUUCUUCCGCACAUGCUGCCGCCUGCCGCUUCGCGGUCGCGUUAACCGCUGAUCGAGUAUCUGCUUUGUCGAGUGAUGGGGAACACGCGUCGCGACGAAGAAAGAUGCGGGGCGCCAGGAAAAAAAAGAAAGCCAACCGCUGAGUAAUCCCCAGGUCGAGCAUGCGGUCAGUCGAGAGAGACGUUGCGUCGGUUUUCGCGAAUAAUCGGCACGUAUAUAUACCUAUACAUCUACGUGUAUCGAGAAGGAAAAAGAAAGAGAGAGGGAGAGAGAGCGAACCGCGCGGCGAGUUGGGCGCGUUACGUCGUCGAUGUGUGCGACCAGGUGAUUGAAGAAACACUCCCUCCUCCCCCUCUCUCACUCUUUCGUUCACUCUCUCCCUCCCACCCUCGUGCUGUCUCUCUCCCUCUCUCCCCCUCUCGCAUCUAUUCCGACUCACACCCUCUCCGAUACAUAACCUCAAACCGUCGGCGGGUUCGUGUCGCGUCGUUCGACGUUCCGCGGCCGCGUAUGUUUUCAGCCACGGCUGAACCGGGUUCCGGAUGUGCGUGGCGCGGUUCCUGCCGUCGCAGCGGGUGUUAAUGAGCUCCGGCGGUUUCUCACCACAUGAGACUCGCAGAUGUAUAUGAUGAAAGGGGCUUAUUAGUAUGCUGGAUAAGCGGCGGCUACAUGCCUCCGGUACUUCGCCAUGCACCCUCAUCUUUGUGGUCGUUUUGGCACUAACUGGAUGCUUCUCGUUUUGGAUUCACAUCGAUGGUUCAGGAUCGCCGAUUCCCUACUCCAGCGGCGGUGUGGCCGCGCCAGGAUAUAUCCUUAUAUUUCCCGGAAACGUUACACCCUCCACGCAGCCCCACUCAAUAAACGAACUUCCGUCCGAUGAUAAAUCCACACUGAUCAACAUCACGGACUUUAGAUUCAUUAUGAACCACAAUCCCUGUAAUCGUACGCAGCCAUUGCUACUAAUGUUGGUUCACUCGGCGCCAGGGAAUUUUCCGAAGAGGCAUGUCGUGCGGGAGACCUGGGGUCAACAAGCGCCGGACGUGACUUUAUUAUUUCUCGUGGGAUACUCGAAGAAAUAUCAAUCAAAACUCGAGAAGGAGAACGAGAAAUACCAAGACUUAAUACAGGGAAACUUUCUUGAUGCCUACAGAAACAUGACCUAUAAGCACGUUAUGGGAUUAAAGUGGGCUACUUAUUAUUGUCCAAGUGCCAAAUAUAUUCUUAAAUUAGACGAUGACGUUUUUGUUCAUUUACCGGCCAUGCUGGACUUUCUAACGCAUGGCCUUUCGCCGUGGGGUGCAAGACGUCUGAUUCUCUGUGAUCUUCUGUCGGCUUCCGCAGUGAAGAGAUCCUGGCGCUCAAAAUGGCGCGUCUCUCCUCAGGAGUAUCCCGGUAGACUUUAUCCCGCAUAUUGUGCCGGAUGGGCGAUCCUAUACUCUCCCGAUAGUGUAUUUAUACUGUACCGCGAGGCUCAGAAAGAGCCAUACUUUUGGAUCGACGACGUGCACAUUACCGGGACAUUGGCUAGGAAAGUAAAUUUAACGCAAACCUCAUUACGCUCUUGGGUGCUUACGACCGAGAGCAUGCGGGACCUGCUGUCGAAUCCGAACGCUCGACGGGAUUUUUUGUUCGGGCCUCCGGAUCUAACGGAGAACGGAAUACGAGCCUUAUAUAGUCUGGUUACUAAACCACGGCCUAGCAGUGAAAGCCUAUUGAAUUAAACGUCUAAUAGAACAAUUUCGUUAUAUUUGAUCGCCGUAACGUGAGGACGGCAGAAAGGAAGAGAGAUACGAACAGCGAGUGUUCUUAUAUACUUUCUGCGUAUCUUAAUUCUAUAUGCAUUGCGAUAUGCCCUGUACAACAGUUCAACGUAAGUGUUCGAUUAUUUGCACAAUGUACAAACGCCAUAUUAUGUAUGAUACGUACGUAAUAAUGCGUUGCAUAUAUGUGCAUAUGUGUAUAUAUGUAUAUAUACACACAUACACAGAUGCAGCAAACACAAAUUACGAAAUUUACAAUUGUCUUGAACAAGAAAUGAAACGGGUAUAAUUUCGAUGAAUCUCUUUUAUUAUAGAUUAGAGAUUAAGAGACACACAAUUGUGUCUCGCGCUAAGUCACGGCCAUCAAAACAGUAAGACGGAAAUGUGUACUUAUAUGCGAAUCGUCUAGCAUAGAUUACUUCAAAUCUCAGAGUAAUGCCUGGACCGACCAAGUUCCUAAUAUUUGGAAAAGAUCCUUAUAUCGAUUGUUACAUUUACAUUGUCGCAAAUAAUACAUAGGGAUCAAUAUCACUUACUCAAACUCGACGGAAUGAUACCGGUUUCAAUUCCUGUAUUUGAUUAUUAUUUAUAUUUGAAAAAUACUCAAAUGUAUAGUGUAAGUUUACUCAAGUUUAUGUAUUUACUUAUCCACUAAAUUGAAAGGAUUUAUUUCUCUAUUUGAGACUGUUAAUCUAUAAU